GAAUACCUGAAAAGGUUCCGUAUCGAUAUAUAUCUGAAAAUGUCAUACAAAGCAACUUUGGCCCCGGCCGUCGAGGAUAUCGACUGGCCUCAAAUCACUCAGGCGCAGGCAGAACAGAUGAAAGGUCUCAAGUGCCUGGUCCUAUCGCAUCAUUCAUUUACAACAUGUGGCAUGGGCGCUCUGGCGUUGAAUUGGGUGGAGUGGUACACCGUGUUCAUGCAGAAAUACGCCGUUGAAAUUCAUCUCGCGUCACCCAAAAUGCCCGAGGGCGAGCGUUCCGUUGUGGAAGAACAACAACAAGAAAGAGAGUGGUAUGAUAACUUGAUCACGGUUGAUGGAUGGGAUGACGAUGACAUGGCGUUGAAUAUCGCUAACGCUGUGAAAGAAACUGGAAUCAAGAUGGACGGUGUAUUUACACAUACAGAGAAUCUGCAGACGGUUCUUGGCCAGGUUUGCGAAUACCUGGGAAUUAAGCAGAACCCAGCCCUUGCGUUUCAGAAGGCGCGUGACAAAUAUAAGACACGGGAAGCUCUCCACGAAGCAGGGUUAGCGGCUCCUAAAAUGGCGCUACUCAGCAAAAGAGAGGAUAUCACGGAAAUAAUGGCCAAGAUUGACUAUCCAGUUAUCAUUAAGCCUGUGAGCGGUGCGGGGUCGAAGGGUGUUUAUAAAGCUUUCGAUGAAGCUGAAUUGUAUGAGAGUGUGGACCGUGCAUUGGAGGAAGUAGGUGGUACAGGAGAGGCUGUGCUUACGUAUACACCAGGUGUUACCAGCGAUGCCCCCAUCAUGAUCGAAGAAUUGCUCAUCGCCAAGGACUUUGAGGGUCUCCCUAUCGGAGAGUUUGACAUUGAUAUUGUCGUGUGGGACAAUGAAUGUACCUAUGCUCGAGUCACUGACAAUUGGAAGCCUACUCCGCCCUACUUCUUAGAAAACGGUUGUAAUUCGCCAUCAGUCACAUCAGAGGCUGUCCAAAGAGAACUCAUCGACUACUGCAUGAAAGUUAUCAAAGCCCUGGGGUUCUUCAAGGGAGUGUUUCACACUGAGUGCAUGUACACAGAAAGUCACGGGCCUGUUCUUCUCGAGUGCAACCCAAGGGUGGGAGGGGGUCCCAUCAGGUACUUCAAUAACCAACUGUAUGGGGUGGAGCUGCUCGCAGAAUUUCUCAUGACAAAUAUGAACGUCCCAGUGAAACCCAUAGUCAAGAACAGUGGGGAGGGUGCAGUGACCUACUUCCUUUGCUGCCCCAAGACCGGGAAGCUUCUAGAUGGCAACUAUAUGGACAAGGUUGCGGCUUCACCCGGAGUCAAAAGCGCAACCGCAUGGCUUAAGGGUGGUGAGAUGGUGAUGGGAUACGAUACACAGGUUCCAAUUUGGAUUGGCGAGAUCGUGAUGCACUGCCCCGUCGAUGAAAUAAAAGAUUGCGUUCGUAGAAUGGAAGAAAUGGCCGCAUUAGCCACAGAGAGUGUGAAUGUCGAUCUCACUCCCGAAGACGAGGUUGUGGUAGAACCUACAAGGAAUAGAUCGAGCAUCAUGGUGCGUCGCUCAUCUGCUAUGAUCAUGCCGUAUCAGAUAGACGAAGAACAAAUGCCUGGACUCGGAGAUGGAUAAAUAGAACAUAGAACAGCAUAUAAGUUGGCUUUUAAAUGAAGUUAAUAGUGAAGGUGCUAUGACGCUUUCGCGUUCUACUAUAUCUCAGCAAGCUGCGUAUCUGGCAAAUGUUAGCUAAACGUAUAGAUUGAGAGGCAUUGUACUCAUACAUUUGGAAGGACGUCGCGGCAAACACCUAGGCGGGGGAGAGUUCAAGUGCGUCAUGGGUAUAGGAGCCGUUACUAUUGGUGGCCUUGUGUGAGAGAGCCGCUCCCCAUUAAUAUAAACAGAUGGUGGUCGGGAAACGGGCCAGGUGUCUUUAGUUAAGAUUUCGUUAAAACUGCAGCAAGAUUAGCAUGCGAAUUGAACCAUGCCAGAUGCAACGCUUCUUGAUUUUGGGUUGAGUAGCACUUUCCGUGCAAAAGCUACAAUAUUAAACACGA